GUUUAUUGCGCGUCUUUAUUCUCCAAUUAAUCAAUCCCAGUUUGUAUAUACACGAUCGAUGUCCUUCAAGGAUAUACGGCGCCUAAUUUGCGCAGAGCUACUGAAAGAUAAUCAGUUCGCAAGGAGCGUCGAUAUUGAGUACGUCCGCUGUGAGCAACGUUUGUUAGGUUAGACUACAUAUUUGUAUACCGGAUAAAUCGAGAUGAAUUGUUUCUGCAAAAGCGUUUCGCAGAUGAGAAGCGUGUACACCAAUUGCACGCUAUUGAAAGAGACGCCGCGGAACUUGAAGGGCAAGAAACACAGUUCGCAGCUGUGGUUAACGAGGCAAAUACGCGAUCCUUAUGUGGAGAAGGCGAAGCAGGAGAACUACAGGUGCAGAAGUGCCUUCAAGCUUCUGCAAAUCAACGAGAAAUAUAAAAUUCUCAGCCCGGGUCUGACUGUCAUAGACUGUGGAGCGGCACCUGGUAGUUGGACACAAAUCGCCACCAAUCUGACCAAUGCACAUGCCAAAAAGGAAGGUCCCAUUGGUAAAGUGUACGCCAUUGAUAGACUACCGUUUUAUCCUGUGGAAGGUGCAACCGUUUUGGGAAAUAUGGAUUUUAGAAAGAACAAGACGCAGGAAACUUUGUAUAAAUUAUUGCAAGGUAAUAAGGCCGAUGUUAUUUUAUCCGACAUGGCUCCAAAUGCAUCCGGUAUAAGAGAGAUAGAUCACGAUAAUAUAAUAUUACUGGCGUAUGCGGCUUUGAAAUUUGCAUUGCAAAUUACUAAAGUGCACGGUACGCUUGUUAUAAAAGUUUGGGACGGCGGCAAGUCACAACAGUUGGAGCAGAAUCUGUUGAAAUUUUAUGAUAACGUUAAGGUGGUCAAGCCUGACGCAACGAGAGAUGAAUCAACGGAAAAAUUCUUUUUGGCUAGAGGAUUUAAGGGUCUCAAGACUAGCUGAUCUAAUUAGAGUCGAUAGGUACAUAUUAAUUCUCCAUUGUGGGACACGAUGAUGUGUGCGGACAGGUUGUAUAAAUAAAAGUGUACAAUAAUUUUGAUAUCAUAC